AGCCGAUGCUCGGAAGUCAUUGCAGUACGUGCAUGGUGCAGCCGUUCAGUAGCUAGUACAUCCUUCAUCUCUACGAAAAUCAUUUAAAGACCAAGCUGUGAAAUGUGUGGUAUCUGGGCUUUGUUUGGCAGUGAUGAGUGCCUGUCAGUUCAGUGCACCAGUGCCAUGAAGAUCGCUCACAGGGGCCCUGAUGCCUUCCGCUUUGAGAACGUUAAUGGCUUCACCAACUGCUGUUUUGGCUUCCACCGGUUGGCCAUUGUGGACCAGCUGUAUGGUAUGCAACCCUUACGCAUCAAGAAGUUUCCUUUCUUGUGGUUAUGCUACAAUGGAGAGAUCUACAACCAUCACACGCUGCAGAAGCAGUUUGGCUUUGAUCAUCAGACCAAAGUGGACGGUGAGAUUUUGCUCCAUCUGUAUGACCGCUUUGGCAUCCAGAAGAUGGCUUCUCUCCUGGAUGGUGUCUUUGCUUUUAUUCUGCUGGACACUGCCAAUAACAAAGUCUUCCUGGGAAGAGAUACGUACGGUGUCCGGCCUUUAUUCCGACUCCUCACAGACGAUGGAUUUCUUGCGGUCUGCUCAGAAGCCAAAGGACUUACAGACAUUACCCAUGCCAUGGCUACCCCUGCCAACAUUGUUCCCUUUCUCCCUGGGUACUUUGAGGUCUUUGAUUUGAAGCCGAAUGGCAAAGUUCAGUCCAUUCAAAAGGAGCGGUUUCACUGCUGUACCACUGAGCCUGCUCAUGCCAUCUACGACCAUGUGGAGAGACUGCCUACAAGUUUUGACGAUGAAACAGUAAAAAGCAACAUCAGAGCCCUGUUUGAGAAUGCUGUACGGAAACGUCUCAUGGCCAGCAGGAGAAUUGGCUGUCUUCUGUCAGGUGGUCUGGACUCGAGUUUGGUUGCUGCUACACUGGUGAAGCUGGCCAAGGAGGAAAAGCUGCAGUAUCCCAUCCAGACAUUUUCCAUCGGGUCAGAGGACAGUCCAGACAUCAUAGCUGCUCGCAAGGUGGCAGCUCACAUUGGCAGCGAACACCACGAGGUGAACUUCAGUGCAGAAGAAGGCAUCCAAGCUGUAGAGGAAGUCAUCUUUCACCUGGAGACCUAUGACAUCACCACCAUACGGGCCUCUGUGGGGAUGUACUUGGUUUCAAAGUACAUCAGGGAGAAGUCGGACAGUGUGGUGAUCUUUUCUGGAGAGGGUGCUGAUGAGCUCACUCAGGGAUACAUUUACUUCCACAAGGCUCCAACUCCCAAAGCAGCUUCAGAGGACAGCGUUCGCCUGAUGAAGGAACUCUACCUGUUUGAUGUCCUCCGUGCUGAUCGCACCACUGCUGCACACGGUCUGGAACUCCGAGUGCCUUUCCUGGACCACAGAUUCACAGCUUACUACCUGUCUCUGCCUGAGGACAUGAGGACCCCUAAGCAUGGAGUGGAGAAGCAUCUCUUGCGCGACUCCUUCAAAGACCUCAACCUGAUCCCCGAUGAGAUCCUGUGGCGGCGCAAAGAGGCCUUCAGUGACGGUAUGACGUCUGUGAAGAAGUCCUGGUACAUCAGCCUGCAGGAGCACCUCGAGUCUAUGGUGAACGAUGACCAGAUGGAGAAGGCUCACAAGAUGUUCCCUCACAACCCCCCACGCACCAAAGAGGCUUACUACUUCAGACAGGUGUUUGAGAAGCACUACCCUGGCCGAGCGGAGUGGCUCUCCCAUUACUGGAUGCCCCGCUGGACCAACGCCACCGACCCAUCGGCCCGCACCCUGGCCAUCUACCAACCUGAUAAGGAGCAGUGAU